AUGUUGCUCAAAGGAGCCAAGUUUCUCUGGGGCCUACCCAAUGAUAAUGAUGAUGAGGCCAACUUUGCUCACAAUGCUCUUUAUCGGAUUGUCGACACAUUUUACUAUGGUCGAAGUCGCAAGCUUCUUGGGCUAACAGCGGAAUUUGAGAAGAGCAUCCCAUAUGGCACUCUGAUUCUCAUUGUCACAGUGAUUAAGUGUGUGCUUCAUUGCCUUUCUCAAUAUGGUCAUCUUCACAACAUCCAAGACUUCACAGGGAAUAUUUACCGUCAAGAUUACCAGAAGUUUUUGAUUAUGUUAGAGAAGGUCUUGGAUAACGAGAGGGCCGGCGCCAAGCUUGACCAGCAGCUGGCUAAGCAUGAAAUUCAAGAUGAGCACACUAUCAUUGAUGAUGACAACGACGAAUUUGCCAUCACACCAAUGGACGACUACUAG